AUGGAGUCUAGUAAAAGUACGACAACAUUCGAAUGGCAUCCUCGCCGUGUUUUUGAGCAGCAUCAACAUGACGAGGCCCCAUCAUGUCAAACAUUCUCGGUUGUGGUACUCAACCAACCUAUCAGCAACAAAUCUGUACUGCAAAAGCUUUGGGCAAAAUCAAGCUACAGGGUAGCCGCUGAUGGCGGUGCAAACCAGCUUCUUGAAGCUGCGAAAGAUUUAGCCAAUAAUUUGGAUGUGAUUAUCGGAGACCUAGACUCCUUCACGGCCUCCAGCGCCGACUUUUACUCCACUCUCACCAAUCCACCGCAGGUCAUCAAGAUUACAGAGCAAGAUUCGACCGACUUUUCCAAAGCGGUCACCCACAUCCGCUCCCGACCGGACAGGCCCAGCGACAUCGUGGCCAUCGGCGGACUGGGUGGCAGAGUCGACCAGGGCCUCAGUCAGAUGCAUCACUUGUGCCUGUUCCAGGAGGAUCCAAGCUACAGCCAGGGUCGCGUGUACCUCGUAUCUGAAGAAAGCCUGACGUUCCUGCUAAAGCCGGGCAGGCACAGGAUCUUGGUUCCGGACUGGGCAGGGCUGUUUGGGAAGCACGUCGGCAUCAUACCCAUCAAGGGACCAGCCGUUAUAUCGACCAAGGGGCUAGAGUGGGACGUGGAGAACUGGAGGACCGAGUUUGGAGGGCGCAUAUCGACGAGCAACCAUCUCCUGCCAGAGACCGAGAUGGUCGAGGUCGAGACGGACAAGGACGUCAUCUUCACCAUCGCACUGAAGCAGUGA